AUGCUUCCAUAUGCCAUCUUUACCGCGGCUGCGAUCAUAUGGCUCGCCCACAGGUUGGUGCUGUUCCUGGGGAUCCCGGUUUGGCGCAUCGUGUUGACGCUGGGACUUCAAGUUCCACAAACGACAAGAGUGUCAAUCGACGACAUCACAGAGGACACCAUUACAGUUCGGUGGGAAAACGAGCCAACCAACGCCCAGGAAAAGACGAGCUCGUCAAUAUCGUGCUAUGUGCUGUAUUUGGACAAAGUAAAAAUCGGCACUAUCCCAAAUAUUGCAACUUCGCUCUACACAUGCUGCUUACUUCGUGGUCUCUCACCACAGACACAGUAUCAGUUUGAUUUCGUGUGCGUCAACAAAGAUGGCUUUAUAAACAAAGUCCCCUCGAUUUAUGUCAUGACCAAAUCAUCCAGUGCUGGAAAACGUUCCAGUCAGACCAGUCUGGACGAUUUGGAUACGAAACCAACACUGGCGCCCAACUUUCCAGUGGACGCCAAAUGGAGGAAAAGCCACGUGGCUGUGUCUACCGAAUCACCAACAUCCUACGCCAGUCUUACAUCUCUACAAGAUUUGGACGAUUUCUCCAUCACGGACUUGAAAUAUAUCUUAGUCUGUGCUCAGGAAGAUUUACAUGACGUGUUACAGCAGGAAUCUUCCAUAUUACAAGAUUUCCACGAAAGUAGAGAGCAGCUGAAAUUGGAGCUGGAUAAUCUCAAAGCGCAGUGGGCCCACGAAAUCGACUUGAGAAAAAGUCUCAAAUCAAGCAUCAAGUCUUUGGAAAACUCUAAGCUACUUUACGAUCUCAAGCGCGGCAAGUUGGACAAGAAUAUUGAUCAAAGCUCCAACAAAAUACAGAAAAUGAAAAACGAUAUGAUCAAGUGGGAUCAAGAGAAGAAAAAAGAGCUCAGACAAGACAUUCUUAUCUCUAAAUUCAAUGACGAGAAAAAAUCACUUCUUGAGAGAAUCGAUGAAGUUUCACAGCAGGUAAGACAACUGCAUUCCCAGGUAUCAAACCAGGAGGAAGAGAAUAAGAAACUCAGCUCCGUGAAACGAUCUUUGGAUUCCAGUCAAAACACCUCUGCGGCGACAUCUGGAACCUCCAUAGCGACUAAAAAAAAUAGCCCUCUUGAAACUGGCUCGAACACAUCCAGCAUGAACAGCAUUUUCAAAAAAAUUAACGAUUGCAUCAACGAGAAAACCGGUGUUUUGAACAAUGCCGGGUAUGAAUUUUUGAAUUCACUUGGUGAAAAUUCGGUAGUAGCAGCACUUGUAAAAGAGGAAGUACAAAGAGAUAUUGAUUUGGAUACGGAUUGGAGAAGCAGAAAACUCCGCUUAAAAAAACGCAGUGACUUGAUGGAGUCUCUUUGGACAGAUAUCAGCAUGAGGAACAGAGACUUAAUGGCCAAUCUUGCAGCCCAACCCUAUGUUUUGAGUCAACAAGACACUGGUCGUGCAAGUACACCUCAUCUGAAUUUGCACGAUCCAAGCACUUACGCUUCUGUUGACACAGAACAGGGCCCAACUCCGUACACCUCUGUUCCAAUCAGGCAUACUUCACCAGUGCCAGACAAUGGUUUAUCUUACUCAAACUGGAAUAUGCAUCAUCAGAAUGGACACCAGACGGGCUUAGCUCCGGAGGAGCACCAUUUUGACUAUGACCAUUCACAUCAUUUAUUGAGCGGGCUCCAAAAUAUGAUUUCAGAGGCCGACUAUCAAGCAACAAAUGUAAGUACCUCGAAACUUUACACAACAGAUCAACUGGACGAUUAUUGGAGUCGCCAAAGUGCUCCUAAUGUAUUAACUCGUAAUGGGACAGAUUCAUAUGGAAUGCAACCAGCUCGCUUGCCGCUUUUGUCUCCCCGCUCUGUCUCUGAUUCGCAGAAUAAUGGUCAUAUGCGGGUAGUUAGCAAUGACUCCUUCGAGCCCCUUUCCAUGUCCCGCGAAGACGACCUAUCGGGUUUCGUGCAGACCCCAAGGGUCCAGAGAGAUGAUGUGGUUUCGUUCGGUUCCGGAUAUAACAAUGAUCCUGUGAUGCGCACUUCACCAUUAUCCAUACCAAUGAAAGAAGAAAUGACAAAAGACAGUCUUUUCAGUACGGGUCAGUUUAACACUAUCUGGAACAGUUCUUCUCCCAUAGACUCCGCGGCUAUUGAAAAGCUCCAAACACCAAAAUCUCAGCAUAACAGAAGUAACAGUAGAGGAAGCUGGGGACUUCCCCAUUUCAUGCAAAAAUCACCAAAGUCAGCUCAUGAUGGUAAUUCCGCUUCCUCCAGCAGUGAAAGUAAAGAAAAGGAAAGUCAUGGAGGAGAGCGGCGUAUGUCCAGACUACUUACUAAACGUGGGAUGAAUCAACUUUUCCGUUCUCCGACUCAUGGGACGCCAUGA